AUGCACUCAGGCUCCAUGUCUCUUAUGAGCUACCCUGAGCUAUGCAGUGCUAUACCCUAUAGAACUCACUGUUAUAUCCCUGUGACUCCUUCCAUUGCUUUUUGCUCCAACGAUGUAAGCUCUACCAUUGGACAUUACUUACCCAGUAGCUACCAAGGAAAUCUCUGGCUCCUGGACCAUUGUCAAGAAACCUACUGUGACGUGCCAAGCUGUGACUCUCCCAGCUGUGAGCUCAAGACAUGUGCUACAAACUGUGACCCCCAGAAUUCCUGUGUGUCUUGUGACUCUCUAUCACCAGGACAAGUCAUCACUGCCUGCAAAACCACCAACCUCAGAUCCAGCCCCAGCUGCAGCCCAUGCACUCAGACCAAGGGGUAUGUAUCCAACUGCUACACAACCACUCUGUCCGCAUCUAAAGCGUGCCAGACUCUUCGCAAUGAAUCUAACUGCUUUGGGCAGCUUAACUACUUAUCAAAGAGACCCCAACCCCGAAGCCACUGCAGACUUGGUGUCUGGGCAUACAGAAGCUAUCCAACUUUUGGCUUUUUCCCUGGCAGCUUUUCACCAGCAUGUAACACUGUCCGCAGAUAUCAGCCCCGAAAUUACUUGCUGAAAAAUCACCACUAUCUGAAUUGCGGACCUAUGAGCUACCGACCACUGAGCUAUUCAUGCAGCAAAUUCCGGUCUCUGAGCUGCAUACCCAGCAGCUUUCCACCUCUGAGAUAUCUGUGUAGUGGCUACAGACCUCUGAGUUGCUAUUGAUCAACUAGCAACAUCUAUAAAAGCUAGACAUUUUUCCAAGGGGCAAAUUCUACCAAGUAGUAUCUCUAAUAUUCUGAUGAAUUGCCUUAUGCAUUUAAAAAACUUUGUUACAAUAACCCUAUGGUUUAUUAACCACAUCUAUAAUUACCUGCUAGAUAUUUUUCUGCUGUUUUGUUAAUGCUCUUUGUGUUAAAUCC